CUGCGGAUUCGACACCAUGGUCUUGAAAUGACCUUCGCGAUGUAAAUAUUAGCUUGGCAUAAGAUGCAAUAGAGGUAUCUUUGCAUCACAAAUAUUCCUUGUAGCUCAGCGGAGAUUGGAUGCCGAUUAGUAAAUCUGGAAGCUUGAAAAAACGAUCUUCAUUAUUCUAUCAGCUGUCGUCAACAGCAGGUCAAACUUUUGGGGAUAAGAAUCAAAUUUUUACUUCUUGAUCCAGCCACCAACAAGAUGAAACUGUCGAUUGCCUGGUGUUUGAUGGCGGUCCUUGUGGCUGUUGUAGCAGGACAAAAUCGUCAGAGACAGUAUCAACCUUACUGGCAGCAAUACUAUCAGCAGUAUCCACGGCAACAGCAACAUCCACCAAAUUACGAUCCCAGAUAUAACCAGCAACCAUGGUAUCCAAACACACAAGGAACAUGGGCAAUGGACCCAGAGGAACAACGCGAGCAACAAGAGAAUAUGAUGGAAAAUCGACGAGAGCAACAGGAAAAUAUGAUGGAAAAUCGACGGGAGAUGCAGGAAAACAUGAUGGAGCAACGGGAAAAUGCCUAUGAGAACGGCCAGCGGUGGCCUCAGCGACCCUGGCAACAACAACCCUGGGAACAACAACCAAGACAGCAACGACCUUGGCAGCAACAGCCAUGGCAGCGACAACAAUGGCAACAGGGGCAGGGGCAGCGGCAGCCAUAUUACAACCAACAACGAGAAGGCUGGGGCCAGCCGUACAACCAGCAGCCAUGGGGACAACCCUACAGAGCCCAACCCCAAAGACAGGCACCUUGGUGGAAUCAACAUGUAUGGCCUCAACAAGGUUACCUCCCGCAAGGACAGACUGGGCUGGCUCCCAACGACCCAGAGACACAGGAAAACAUGAUGGAAGAGCAGCAGGAAAUGCAGGAAAACGCCAUGGAAGCACAAGAAGAGCAGCAGGAAAACGCCAUGGAAUUGGCAGAAGAAAGACAAGAGCAAGCGCGCGAGCUCCAAGAGAACGCGCGGGAGAAUGGAGCUCCCAUGACAUGGAACCGCAAUCGCCGCGGGCGGCGACCAAUCUCCCAGCAACGUCGACCAGCUCAGCGAUUCAAUCCAUGAGAUUAAUGGAGGAGAUGAAUCAAAUUCUGAAAUAAUGUAGAAAUUAUACCCCUUUCUUUUUUUUCAAAUCUUAUUUUCCUUUUCAUAUGUCCCUGAAAAUGUGUAUUGUAUUCAAGACAAAAACUACCCAAUGAUUUUAAAAAUCCAAUGAAAUGAUAUUAUUUCAAGUGAAUCUACAAAUCGUAAAAAAAGUUGUGGGUAUAGUAUAGCCACGGUCGUCCAUGGUAUAGCAGAAGUAUGAUUAGAUGAUUGAUUGAUAUUCUAAUUAUCAUCCUGCGAAAUACGUUUGUCAAAAUGUCAUUUUUAAUUGAAUAUUUCCGAGAUGGGGGUGACAAAAUUUUUCUGUGAUAUUUUCAAUAAAACACUAACUGAAAAAUGAA